UCACAUUCAACAGUAAUUUAAUAAGAGUUUGUGCCACAAUAGAAUAGAGGAUAACCACUGAGAUAAUUUGGAGAACUUUUCAGAGCAAAAAGCCAUUUUUAAACGUCUUGAAAGUAUGCUUAAUCAAAACAAAUCUUACCAGAGGAACUCGGGAAAUGAAUUGCCAUAUAAAAGCCGAGAAAGUACACGUCAAUAUAAGGAACCAACGAAGUCAAAUGAUGAAAGUACACGUCAAUAUAAGGAACCAACGAAGUCAAAUGAUGAAAGUAAAUAUCAAUAUAAGGAACCAACGAAGUCAAAUGAUAAACCCAAAAGAACGACUUCAUCAGAAGGUACCAGCCAAAGGCAUCGUUCUAGUGAACGUGACGACUGGCAAUUUCCAAUACGCAUUAUUGACGAUUUGACAAAGGUUCUUGCCAAUGCGAGUGAGGACUCAGGGAAAACAAUUCGGAGUAUGAAAAUGCAUGCGCUUUUGACCGGUGGAUGUCUCCUGGUAGGAGGAAUUCUCGGCGGAGGCAUAGGGGCUGCCGUGGGUGGUACGUUUGGAGCAUGGUAUGGAGUCAUACUUUUAGGCAAUUACAAAUCUUUGUAUAAAUGCCUGUUAGAGCUGGAUGGCGAACAGAAGGUUGCUUUGUUUCAGGAGUUGACUAAAACUUUUGGGGAUCAUGCCUUACAAACGAUGAGUUCUGGAUGUAUUGGUGUCGCUGAAUUGGAAAAGUUGAAGAAAACAUGUGAGGAGUUUUUGGAAAAGAUGAAGUAACUUUAUUACAGCUCUGAAAUUGUUGAUGAAUGCUAUCUUAUUUUUUGCGAGUGUUUUUUUUUCAUAGGAAAUUUGUCCGAUACUAAAAGUAUGAUUUUAUCAUUCUUUCUACAAAAGGAUUAUGAAACAAACAAUCAAAAGCAGUAUUGAUAUUAAAAACCUACAUUAUCAUGUAGAAACAUUCAUUUCAUAGAAUUAAAAAAAUAUUUAUUUUAAUAAAAAUUCUACCAACAAAAGUAUUCGGCACUAGUAUUUGUUGUAUGAUGUUUUUGGUGAUGGUGUUUUAUACUGCAAUGACAUGUUGUUAGUCUCAACAUUAUAAUAUAGAAACUGUCGUAGUCUACAUUGGUUAACAUUUACGGUUGGUUGCAAUUCAAUCAAUCCGUAAGCAUAAAUAGGUUAACAUGUAUAAUGUUCCUUCUAAGAUUAUUUUCUUUUUUCUGUACAGGUUUAAAAACAUAAUCAUAUAAAACGAAUGCAUUUUUUUUCUGAACAAAUGAGAAUCGAGUAUAACUUAAAGUUCUGUAUCAACAAAAGAAAAUAGUAAACAGUACAUAUUCAAUUUAUUAUGUGUUUUGAUAACCUAAAAGCAAUAAAUUGAAUGCAGGUUUUAUCAUGAAAGAUAAUUUUCAAAAGUAUAAGCGGUAUUCAGAAUUAAAUACAAGACGAAAAGAAAUGUUUCCGAGGUCACUGCUUAGAUCUGUAGCUUGGGGUAUAUUUUGUUAAUCUUGUAUUCAAUGAUAAAACUAAUUCUGAAAAGUUUAUCACAAUUUAAACCGUCGGCAUUGUUCUUUAUUGGCGAAAGCCUUUAAAUCGUACAAUAUCGAGUACAAUUACGAAAACACGUUCACGACGCAUACUCAGUUGAAUAGAACUAAAUUCUACAAAUUGUACCAAUCCAAAUUUCUAACGCAUCCGUUUUGAAUUGUUUUUGAUUGUCUGUACUAAAAAAAAGGCUUGCCUCAGAGAAUUAAUUAUUUAAAAUAAGCCCCAAAACACUAAUUCUAUGUAAAAUGCAGUUAUGCCGUCCGAAUGUUCAAAUUCCGAUAGUUUUACUUGCUGUUGCUACAUCAAACUUUCCUGCUUUCUCUGCUACAUAUUCACAAAAGUUGUUUUGUAUUACUUGGAAUAUAAAAUAGGUUCAAAUGGAAACGGCGAAAGAUAAUUUUCCAGUAAUUUGAUAAAAAAAAAUGUAUUAACGAUGAUAAAUGGAACUAAAAUUUGCACCUGAUACAUUUUAGGACUCAAAGAACAGUAGUUUGUACUUCUAAAGAUAAAAAAAAAAUGGAAAUGAACAACCUCGUUAUUUUGUGAGCUUGUCAUACGAGAUUUGUACAUGGUUCCAACUUUUUAUAGACUAAAGAAGAACCGGAAAUGAACACGACCUUCGUCGCGACGGCAGCUAAAGUGCUUCAUGUAAUGCUUCAAAUGGGCUGAGAACCAUCACAUAUUUUUGAAUCAUUCAAGCUUAGCAUUUAAAGUUCAGAGCGCACUUUUUUGAGAAUUUUUGAAUGCGAAAGUGAUAAAAUAUUGCGCUUGUAAAAAGUUAUGUUUGUUGACUUGUUAAAUUACAACUGCUUGUCUUUUUACAAUUUUUCAUAUUCUUUAACCUAUAAAAUUUAAAUUAUACCAUUCUUAUGUGUAUGCGCGCAAUAAAGUAACAAUCUUAUGGAGCUUUAACGAGACAUUUUACAAAAAUUGGCGACGUGAGCUAGCGUUAACGUGCGCUCUGCAAUAACAAAAUUAUUCUUGCUCAUUGAAAUGAGUUUGCAACCUCUUGUGAAUCGUUUCGAAAUUAAUAAAGUUAUACUGUACAAAUUUAGCCACCUAAUCGUUCAAUUGAAUAUGAACAGGCGACCAUUUGAUAAAUUCUCGAUUCUCAUUGGUGCAAUAUUGUAUCAGGGGUGUGAUUGACCUGGCAGCUGGAGGGCUGAAACAUUUAUCGGCCAUGGGUUUAUGGGGCGCUCUUGGGGUCAAAGUGCAAUGCUGUAGAAGAAAAACUGGCUUUUUAAAAGCUCUUUUGAGGGCUCUCCUCAAUUUAAAUUUGAACUG